GAAGCUUGGUGAGGUGGAAGGCUGGAACUUUGUGUCUUGACUUUACCCUAGCCACUGUUUUGAUAACGUCGUCAUCACGCAACGAACUGAACCCAUUUCUCCGUUUUCUUUCCUUAAUUCAUUUUCUCAGGAAAAAGAAAACCCCAAGAAAACGUUUUUCUCGUCUUGGGGUCUGCCUCUGCAUUAUGGUUACAGUGAAGCCCUAAAUUCUAAGCCAAGCUUUCUCUCUUCUUCAUAAAUCUAGGUUUAAGGCUUGCUCUCUCUCUCUCUCUCUCUUUAGUUUUUUCCUCUCUUCAUCAAUCUGAGCUUGGGAUUUCCACUUUAUUAACUCAAAUCCAGAGCCCUUCUGUUUUUUCUCUCUUGGGUAAAGGAUUAUUACUUCUCAAUUUCUCUCAGAUGUCGCUAAAAUCACCCGCCGGUUAUGGCACGCUUCCCAACGCCUCCGCCGCCGUUCCAUCGUCGUCAACCUCCGAACAGUUCACCUUCAUCUCACGCGCCACCCAACGGACCCAAACCCUAAUGGCCACAAGACGCCCAUGGCGGGAGUUCUUGGACUACUCAGUUCUCUCCCGUCCCCACAACUACAGCGAUGCAAUGGCUCGAAUCAAGAGAAAUGUCAACUACUUCCGCGUGAACUACGCGAUGGUAAUGCUUUUCAUACUAUUUGUGAGCCUUUUGUGGCACCCAACAUCCAUGAUUGUCUUCUUGAUAAUCUUCGUUGCUUGGUUCUUUCUGUACUUCUUCCGGGACAACCCUGUAGUGUUGUUUCACCAAACAAUCGAUGACCGUGUUGUGUUGGUACUGCUGGGAUUGAUUACAGUUGUGGCAUUGGUGUUUACUGAUGUGGGUUUGAACGUUUUAGUUUCUUUAAUAAUUGGGGUUGCGGUGGUUGGGCUACACGCUGCGUUUAGGGGCACAGAAGACUUGUUUCUGAAUGAGGAGGAAGUGGCAGAAGGAGGGUUGCUCUCGGUUGCGGGUGGCCAGCAGUUGCGGCCAACCAAUUAUACUCGGGUUUGAUUUUUUUUUUCUUUUGUUCUAGUUAUCGGGGUUUUGAAGUUCAAUUUGAAGGGAGUAUCGUUAGAUUUUCUUGUUUUCUGGAUGGAAUUAAUUUGGGCUCAAAGCUGUUGUUGUUGGGUGCUUGUUAUUUUUUCUACAAUUGGUUCAAGCCUGAAGGAAUUGGGGACUGGUUCUUGGACUUAUGGAAUUCUAUUUGAGGUGUAUAAAUUGCGCUCUCCUUUAAGGAUGCAAGUGGCUCAAACUCCAUGGAAGUGGGUAUUGAUUAUUGGUCUUUUAGGCUUUAUUUCGAAGCAGUUAUCAUUGAUUCUUUUGGUUAUCCUCAUGUAAUUGUUUCAAAGGAGGUAGGAUCCUAUGCCUAUUUCUAUCAUUCUUGUUUUGGUGCUACCUUACAGGACUACAAGAAACUUGUACUGUAUACUGGUUCCGUAUCAAUGACUGGGAAUAUGUAUUUUGUCCAUUUUCUGAUUUUUCCUUAACCUGGAUUUUGAUGUAAUCUUCAUUUGGAUAGGGAUGAGUUUGGAAUUUUGUGCUGGAAUCAACAAUAUCAAAUCUUUCAGAUCCAA